AUUUACGCUAUGAAGGCCAUUAUUAGAUGAGUAAUGCGUUCAAGUUUCAACCAUCAACUCGUAUUUACUCUAUAAAAGAUCAGAGAAGUGAUGCGUUCGGGGUCCAAACUUUGGCCCAGAUUUACGUUAUGAAUGCCAUCAUUAGAGGAGUGAUGCGUUCGGGGUCCAAACAUUGGCCCAGAUUUACGUUAUGAAGGCCAUCAUUAGGAGUGUUGCGUUUAAAUUUCAACCAUCAGCCCAGAUUUACGCAAUAAAAAGUCAAAGGAGUGGUGCGUUCAAGCUCCAGCAAUCAGUUCGGAUUUACUCUAUAAAAGUCAGGUGUGAUGCGUUCAGGGUCCAAAGAUCAGUCGGAUUUACGCUAUGAAGUUCAUCAUUAGAGGAGUGAUGCGUUCAAGCUCCACCCAUUAGCUUGUAUUUACACUAUAAAAGUCAGAGGAGUGAUGCGUUCAAGGUCCAAAGAUCAGCCGGAUUUAUAAAGCCCAUCGCCAGAUGAGUGAUGCGUUCAGGGUCCAAAUAUCAUCCCGGAUUUACGCUAUAAAAGGAUUAAGAGGAGUGAUGCGUUCAUUGUCCAAACAUCAACUCCGAUUGACACAAUAAAAAGGUAAAGAACAUAUAGGAAAAGAUAACAAGGACAUACUAACGAGGCCGAAAACCGACAGGAAGAGGCAGACUCCAUGAGCAGCCCUGUUUGCCUUUGUGUGACUUGGAUUAGUUCUCAUUAAGCAAAGAGAAGACAGCAUCUCCCAUAUUAGUGGUCCAGCGUUACAGUGUCUGUGUCCAGCUGCUCAGAGGACUCCACAUCAGACAGAGAGCUCUUGUCUGAUAAUUUGUAGCAAGCUAAUUGGAGUCACACACAGCCUGUGAAGAGUUCGAGUCUGCAAGGUCCCCAACUCUGCUACUCCCUAAUUCAAGCCAUAUCAUAGCACAAACUUCUCAUCGGGUAUAAGAACGCUGUGGGACAACAUGAAGAGCUGGCACUGCGUGCUGCUGCUAACCACUACGACUCUUAUGGUUUCCUCUGGAGAGGAGAGGAAAAAUGAGGAACUCAUCGAUUUUGUCGGAAUGCUGAGAAAUGUCUACUUUGAAGUGCUUGGGAGAUUCCAGCCGUACAUCAUCAGCAUAGACUCGGACGCUGUUCAAGAACUGACCCACCCAAGGGACUUCACCACUGACCAACCGGACAGUCUGGGAACAGAGGAGGCUCCAGUGGUGUUCACCAAGUAUGGCCAGAUCAGAGGAGUAACAGUGGAAAAGGCCCAUAUAUUCUAUGGGGUACCAUAUGCGGACCCCCCUGUAGGGGCUUACCGAUGGAAACCCCCCAGACCCUUGAGCCCUUGGCAGGAGGCUUACGAUGCCACUUUCCCACGGGCGGCAUGCAUGCAGGUCUGCAGUGGACCCAUCACGGAUGAAUGUCCAAAAAUGGUCAGUGAAGACUGUCUCUACCUCAACGUCUUCGUACCUCGGAGUGUGAACUUCAGUGCGCCCGUGCAGCGCCCCCUACCUGUCAUGGUGUGGAUCCAUGGUGGGGAUUUCAUCGCUGGCUCUGCCUCCAAACCCAUGUAUGAUGGACGCUUCAUUAGUAACUUCACCAACACAGUUGUUGUCAACAUGGAAUACCGACUUGGUGCGUUUGGGUUCCUGGUUUCGGGCAAAGAUCUUCGAACGUCAGCCACGGGGAAUUACGGGAUUUUGGACCAGCAGGCGGCUCUUCUUUGGGUCCAGCAGAACAUUGCAGUGUUUGGAGGCGACCCCAGUAAGGUGACAAUUGUGGGGGAGAGUGCAGGAGCUCAGUCGGUCAGCCUCCACCUGAUGAUUCAGAGCAGCAAGCCUCUCUUUAAACAGGCCGUCCUGCAGAGCCUGCCCUUCUCCAUCCCUCUCAAGACCAGACACGAUGCCCUGAAGCUGGGGAAGCACUUUGCUCAGGAGACCAACUGCUCUGUGAGCGACUUCGUCUGCCUGCUGUCUCUCAGUCCACAGGCCAUCCUAACUGCACAGAUGAAAACCAGUGCUAAGAUUGUGAAUCCAUUUCGGUUUCUGGAGGUUUUUGAGACGUGGGGUCCAUUUAUCGACGAGGAGCUGAUCAAAGAGCAGCCAAUCACUGCCUUCCAGAAGGGCCACUGGCAAAAUGAGAAGUCAGUGCUGAUGGGUACAACCUCAGAGGAAGGUGUGCUCUUCGUGUUCGGCGUUUUUAGCAAGCCAGUUUCUGCCUUGGAGAGCGUGGUCUACAUCACUGCUAUCUUCAAACAGCACGCUCUGAGGGUCCUGCACAAAUACCUGCCCCUGUACAGAGACGCCGACCGCAGGACGAUGCUGGCUCAGAUUGUCACCGAUUAUGUGUUCCUGUGUCCAUCCAGGAGGUCGGCACGGGCCGGCACAGUAGCUGGCAGCCACCUGUGGAUGUACACGUUCGACCACGUGGCUUCAGACCACAGCGUGUGGUCAGGCCUCACUUUCUGCUACCAGCACGUCUGCCACGGGGCGGAGCUACCCUUCCUCUUUGACUCCGCCCAAGUGGCCAACUACACUCUGUCCCUUGCGGAGAAGCUGCUGUCCAAUCGGAUGCUGUGCUACUGGGGAGCCUUCACCCACACAGGUGACCCGUCCUCCCGGCUUCAGCAGACGGCCUUCUGCCGGGAACAACGCCUGCCGGUUUGGCCUCAGUACUCUGACACCAGGGGCUGGCUCGUCAUGAACCUGACGGUGCAGUUACAUGCACAGGUGGAUACCAGAAACCACAUAUGUGACUUCUGGGACCAGCUUGGAAUCUACUAAUGUAAAAACAUCCUGGGCAUUUAUACAUCACAUAUUGUACUUUUAACAGUUUUUUUAUUUCUACAAUUUUUGUGAAAGUUAGAAAAAAAAAGUUAUUCUUACUCUUUGAAUUUAGUGGACAAUUUUAUACAUUAUUAUUUAGCCUCGUUUUCACUUAGCAGAUCAAUCUUUAUUUGAACACAUGCCUCGCCUGUCUUUAACUGGUGAGUUUUGGGCUUCACAAAGUAGUCUAGAAUGAAAAUGAUGACAAAUAUUCAGGAAAAAAACUGUGCUCUGAAUAUGACAUACAUUAAGAAAUAUACUGUUAUCCAAGAAUACAUAAAAAUACAUCAAUUACAAAAUAAAAAAUAAAUCCCAA